GAGCCCUGCUAAAUGUGAAAAUUAAGGACAAAAAGUGGAAGAGAAAAGAAGAGGUGCAACUAUGGCCACCUGAUCGUCACAGGUAAGCCGUGAAGGCGAGGCCACGUGUUGUUAUGAAAAUGGUAGGGUGAAUCAAAAGCUUUGGUAUCAAGUUUGCAGACCAGCCAGCCCCUCCCAGUCCCAGCCUGCUAGGAAAACUCUCGCUUUGACGGCGGAGAGGAAGAGAGCCGCCUCCUGUACUUUUUUCUCUCUUUCUCUCUCCACAAAACUCAGCUAUCCACAUCCCCUUUUCAGGAUAUCUUUGCCCACUUUUGGGUGUUGGACGGAGGGGGGGUUGAGGAAUAGAUUUGAUUGAAGCAGUGUUGAGAAAAGGGGAAUGAGAAACAAAGGCGAUUCAUGAUUUGGGAUGGUAAAUAUACGUCCAUUGAGCUACAGUUCAUGGGCUGGUCUGGUACAGUAUUUGAGAGAAAAGGAUGAUUGUGACUUUGUGUUUGGUUGUGAUUAGCCUUGCAAAGAAAGUUAUUUUUUAGGGGAACCGACACAAGGCUAAGGUUUUUCCUCUUGGGUGAAGAUUGAUACUUCUAUGUCUUUCUGUAUUUAAAAAUCUGAGAACUUAUUUAUGGCUGAAUCUGUCUUUUUCAUUGAUUUGUAUAUGUUGGAAGAACAGUUUUGUGUAUAGAUUGAGGGGUAUGAAUGGAUCAAGAACUUAGGUGUAUGCAUGGACAUUGGUAUUGUUCUCAUAUCAUCUAACAUUUUGGAAAUACUUUUCUUACUUUGGAAAGCCAAAGUUGGUGUUGCUUGUGCUCCCUAAAGCAAGAAAUACUCUUUGCCCCUUCCAUAAUGCAAGGUGCAGCAUCUUAUUUAUCCUGCAGGAAAAGGCUUUUUGGGGUGUGAACUUGGAAAACAUAGUGAAGAUUGGAGGAGAAUGCAAACAAACACUAUUCAUGGUCAAAUGUAAUUAAAGAGCAGUGCCAGUUAGGUGGGAACCCUUGUAACCGGCAUUAGAAGGGUUUUAGGGUACAACAAACUCCGGAUUACAGUUUAAGAAACUGGAUUCUUCAAGAACGUAAUUUAAAGGUAUUACUCUAUUUGCAGAUUAUGUUGCGAACAAAGCAGAUUGGUCCCCUUUCCAACUCUGCUAGGUCCAUUUUAAUUAGUGGAACACGAUCCAGUACACCAGAUGGAAACUCAUGCCCUUGCUCUGAAGAUGAAACUUGUGUUUCAACAAAGCAGCAUGCAAGAAAUGAAGUUUUGAUCAUGCAGAAGCAAACCACCUUGGCAUCCAAAACUGCAGCAAGAGUUGGACCCCUGUUUUUGGGUGAUGCAGUAAAAGUAGUGGGUUCUCAAAAAGUUGAGAGUGUUGAGCAUGCAACUUCUCUAGCACAAGUUGUAGCUGCUCCUAGAUCUGUGGUGGGAUCAGAUUGUGUUAGUUAUGUCAGUGACAAUGUUGGUGUUAAUAAUGAUGCGGUGCAUGCGCCUCCUAUCUCAGAUCAGUUUAUUAGGGCAGGUAUUGUAGCAGUAAAUUUUCUGUCUGAUUUAGUAAAUUAUAAGAUUCCUAUGUCAGAUGGGAGUGGAAUGCUUAAGCUGCCACAGAACUGUAUGGUUGACCCCACCAAGCCUCUUUCUAAGAUCAAAUCAACAAAUAUAAAACCCAUUAGAAAAGGGAAAUUUUCAAAAGUUCGUGCAGAGUCGUCUGCCAAUAUAGCAGCAGCCUCAAACUCUACAAGUAGUUAUCACAGUACAAGAGGAAAAGGUGAUAAAUCGGGCUCAGUUAAAGGUUGCAGUCAUGUGGGAGAUACCUGGACAAGGAAUACAGUAGAUACUCGAAGUCUGUCUUCAGAUACUCACAAUAAGAGGUCUAUGCCACAGAAGUCAAAAGCUUAUUCAAACUACUCAACAUCGAAUUCCAAUUUCAAUUCCAAUGUUCGAAAUUCAGAACCGAGGUUUGUGGGAGGCAUCGCAGGGGGGUUCAGCAAGCCCCUAAGAGAUACAAAAAUGAUAGGAAUUGCUCCAGUGUCUAGGCAGUUUGGAAGCUCUGGGCAUGUUGUGGAAAAUGUUUCUCGCAUAUUGCGACAGCUGAGUUGGGGACCUGCAGCAGAAGAGGCUCUUAGAAAUCUCAACUGUUUGAUGGAUGCAUAUCAAGCAAACCAGGUUCUAAAGCAGAUUCAAGACCAUCCGGUUGCUCUUGGUUUCUUUUAUUGGCUGAAAAGACAAACUGGGUUCAAGCAUGAUGGGCAUACUUACACCACAAUGGUUGGCAUCCUGGGUCGUGCUAGACAAUUUGGUGCGAUUAACAAAUUGCUGGCUGAGAUGGUCAGGGAUGGAUGCCAGCCAAAUGUGGUGACAUAUAAUCGAUUGAUUCACAGUUAUGGCCGGGCAAACUAUUUGAAUGAAGCAGUCAGCGUUUUUGAUAGGAUGCAGGAAGCAGGAUGUCAACCUGACCGUGUCACCUAUUGCACACUCAUCGACAUCCAUGCGAAAGCAGGGUUUCUGGAUGUUGCCUUGCACAUGUAUCAAAAGAUGCAAGAGGCUCACCUUUCUCCUGACACAUUCACCUACAGUGUUAUAAUCAACUGCCUGGGAAAAGCUGGCCAUUUGACUUCUGCUCACAAGCUAUUCUGCGAGAUGGUUGAUCAGGGCUGUGUUCCAAACUUGGUUACUUACAAUAUUAUGAUUGCUUUGCAAGCCAAGGCAAGGAACUAUCCAACUGCAUUAGAACUUUACCGUGACAUGCAGAAUGCAGGAUUUCAACCCGACAAAGUAACUUACAGCAUAGUAAUGGAGGUGCUUGGCCAUUGUGGGCAUCUUGAGGAGGCAGAAGCAAUUUUUACUGAGAUGAAAAGGAAGAAUUGGGUGCCAGAUGAACCUGUUUAUGGUCUUUUAGUAGACUUGUGGGGAAAGGUUGGGAAUGUUGAGAAGUCUUGGGAGUGGUAUCAAGCCAUGCUCAAUGCUGGGUUGUGCCCUAAUGUGCCCACUUGCAAUUCCCUGCUCAGUGCGUUCCUUAGGGUGCAUCGGCUUUCAGAUGCAUACAACUUGCUGCAGAGCAUGUUGCGAUUAGGUCUCCAGCCUUCUUUGCAAACUUAUACCUUGCUUCUCAGUUGUUGUACUGAAGCUCGGUCAUCAUUUGACAUGGGAUUUUGUGGUGAGCUUAUGGCAGUGACGGGUCACCCUGCACACAUGUUCCUACUGUCCAUGCCAGCUGCAGGACCUGAUGGACAGAAUGUUCGAGAUCAUGUGAGCAAGUUCCUGGAUCUGAUGCACAGCGAGGAUAGGGAGAGUAAGAGGGGACUUGUUGAUGCAGUCGUGGAUUUUCUCCACAAGUCAGGGCUCAAGGAGGAGGCUGGUUCUGUGUGGGAAGUUGCUGCACAGAAGAAUGUCUAUCCAGACGCGGUUAGAGAGAAAAGCUCAUGUUAUUGGCUCAUCAAUCUGCACUUCAUGUCAGAUGGGACUGCUGUGACGGCACUCUCACGGACACUUGCCUGGUUCCACCGGGAGAUGCUUGUAUCUGGAACUGUUCCCAGCCGGAUUGAUAUAGUGACAGGAUGGGGUCGGCGGAGCAGGGUGACAGGAGCUUCUCUGGUGAGGCAGGCAGUGCAAGAACUGCUGCAUAUAUUCAGCUUCCCCUUUUUCACUGAAAAUGGCAACUCCGGUUGUUUUGUCGGACGAGGGGAGCCCCUUGGCAGAUGGCUACUCCAAUCCUAUGUCGAGCGCAUGCAUUUACUGUAGAAGGCAAUGUUGUCGCACCACCAUUGCAGUUUUGUUGUGAAAGAAAGAAGAGGAACUUUGGUUGCCUCAGGCAUUAGUUUGAACUCUUAUGAAGCUGUUGUUAUCUGCUAUCUCAAAAUUGUUGUUAUAAGUAACAGUUCCAGCCUUUCUACUCCUCAACCCUAACACACAGUUUUUCAUUCAUAAAUUUACAACCCCAUGUGAGCUCCAACUGAUUCUUCAUGUAUUCUGGUUUUUGUUUACAUUGAAUGCUUAGUUUUUGGUAAUGCAAAGAUUGAAGAGAUGGUAA